GCGAGGAAAUAUGCGUAGCUGGGAAUGUCAGCAGUGAGCUUUGCCCUCUGUCGGUCUGAGCAAUGAAACGCAGUCGUUUUAACAAAGUUACCUGUAACAGCCAGAGCUUCUUUAAGAUCCGUGUAUUGAUAUAGCUAUCGUUUUCGGUUAAGAUGGUAGCAUUAUUAAUGAUCUGAAACUGAAAGAAACGUUUUCGGCCAUUAAAAUGGGCAACUGUCAAGGUCAUCAGCGUCAUCGCAAGAACCGUAACGCUAACUGGUCGAGCGCUUCUGUCGGAGAUAAAAAGGCUACUCCCUUUAAAAAUGCUCCCUCUGAGCAUCAUCAGCAUUUCCCAUCACAAAGCCCCGCGCCCGCCACAAUGUCUUUGCCUUAUGCUCAAGUUGACUCCUCCUUACGAGCGCUCGCCAGCCAAGCCGAAGGCUUCGGCCGCUUCGCCAUUGGUGGGCUACACGGUCCUCUCUAUCAUGUCACCUCUUUACGAGAUGAUGGACCAGGAUCUCUUCGAGAAGGGUGUCGAAGAAAAGAACCACUUUGGAUUGUGUUUGAUGUGUCAGGCACCAUUCAGCUUUCAUCUUUCUUGAGUGUGUCGUCUUAUAAAACCAUAGAUGGCCGUGGCCAAAGGAUAAAACUUACAGGGAAGGGUUUGAGGCUGAAGGAAUGCGAACAUGUUAUUAUAUGUAAUUUAGAGCUUGAGGGUGGCAGAGGACAUGAUGUGGAUGGCAUUCAAAUAAAGCCUAACUCAAAACAUAUAUGGAUUGACCGAUGUAGCCUCCGUAAUUACGAUGAUGGGCUGAUAGAUGUAACCCAUGCCAGCACAGAUAUUACAAUAUCUCGGUGUUACUUUGCAUCCCAUGACAAGACAAUGCUCAUAGGAGCAGACCCCUCUCACACUGGUGACAGAUGUAUUAGAGUGACCAUUCACCAUUGUUUUUUUGAUGGGACUGUACAGCGGCAUCCUCGAGUUAGAUUUGCAAAAGUACAUCUUUACAAUAAUUACACCAGAAACUGGGGAAUUUAUGCUGUUGGUGCCGGUGUGGAAUCUCAGAUAUACUCCCAAUGUAAUAUAUAUGAAGCUGGACCAAAGAAGGUAGCAUUUAAGUAUUUUACUGAGAAGGCAGCUGACAGUGAGAGGGAAAAGACUGGCUUCAUAAAGUCAGAAGGGGAUAUGUAUACUGCCGAAACUCAAGCGGGGUUGAUGACCGAGGUUGGUGAACAUAGCAUCUUUGACCCAAGUGAAAACUACCCAAUAUGGACGGUUGAACCUCCCUCCAACACACUCAAACAGCUGCUUCAACAUUAUGCGGGAUGGCAGAAUAUCGAACGGCCAGCUGAUCAAGUAGCAGUUGCUAAUUAACCUUAGUAUAGAUAUCUAUAAACAUAUAUGAUUCAAUUUCUGUCUCUUUGUUUCUGUUUUCGUUUGGAUUUCCUCUUUCUGAUCUUAUUGCCUUCCCAUCUGCUGUGUAAAUGUUAUUGCUUCUUGUAUAUUGCAGCCUAUCUUUAAAUAUCUUAAGCAUAACAAAUAUGUAAUACUAAAAUCACCAUGUGUCACUUUGUGAGCCUCUACACUAUAGAUUGUUGACAAUGGCAAAUUUGGAAUUGACCCA